AUGGAAAAAGAAAGUAAUUCUUGUUUUUCUGGAUUUUCCACUUCAGAUGAUGGUCAAAAAGUUGUAAUCAUGCUUAAUGGAAUUCGAAAUUCCGAACCACCUUUUGAAGAACCACCUUUAUCAACACGUGUUAGUUCCACUAGUGUAUCAAUUAAGCAUAACCAGGCACUUGGGAGUUUUCAUGAAGUAAAAGGCGAUCCGAUAGUGAUCAAACAUGAAACUAUAUCGGGUAAUCACACUACACACGUUCAAAAAUCUACACAUCGAGUAGAACAUACACAUAGGCCACGUCAAUUUACAAAUUUGACAUCUCAAUCGUCGUGUAAAAUAAAUUCAUCUGUUGCCGAUUGUCAACCUCAAACAAUGAAUCAUGAAAGUGGAUCUACCUCUUCAAAUGGUGAUAAAAAAAGUCGUCAAUUAGCGAUCAAGUCUAAGGCGAGUAAAAAUUCAUACAAACGAGAUGAGGAUGCUGAUAUUUUUUCGGAUGAUGAAUAUGAUGAAAAAAAAGCAGAUCAAAGUUUACUUAAACUUGUAAAAAAUCAAUUACUUUCUUACAUUGAAGAAAAACCAUCAAGGAAAUUUAAAAGUGGAGAAUAUACAUGGACAGAAAUAAAACCAUAUGUAGUUAAUAUGCACUUUCCUCGAUUUCGGCAAUAUUUGAAAGAUAAGAAUAUCAUCGCUCCAAAUGCAAUGAUAUUUCGAUGUAUUAAAGAUCUUCAUAUAUCUCGACGCGACGUUUGGCUUAAGAAACGUAGACGUGAACGUGAGAGAAGGUCCGAUGAAAAAAUGAAAGCAGUAGAACCAUCUGAAGCGAGGUCCGAUGGUUAUGUACCAUACAGGAUGAAAACAUAA